AUCUGUGAUCAGCGUUACAUUGAUCUUCUUGCCGAUAUGUCAAGUUGUUUAGGGUGACAAACCGAUCCUGGGCCAGUCCUGUCAGAGAGUAUCGUACAGGAAGUCGCUUUUGCGACGGUCAAAACUUAAGUUGGCGUAAAGUAAGUAUAAGCAGAGACGCAUUGAACAUAAUCAUUAGGUUAUAUUGGUUUUUUUGUUUGUUUUUUAAAGCGGUGUGUUAGCUAGCAGCUAGCGAUGGACAAGCUUCGCCGUGUGUUAAGCGGCCAAGAGGAGAAUGAAGAGCUGGGUCUCACUGCACAGGUUUUUGAUGCCACCACUCUCAGCUACAGCACCAGGGUGAAAUGGUUCAUCAUAUGCUUUGCCGGAGGCAUCCUGUGCUCAAUACUCGGGACAGCAUUGUUGUUCCUUCCUAACGGAGCGAAGUUUUUCGCUGUCUUCUACACAAUAGGGAAUUUGACAGCUAUUGCCAGCACCUGCUUCCUGAUGGGACCACUGAAACAGCUGAAGCGCAUGUUUGAACCAACAAGACUGAUAGCCACCAUUGUUAUGUUGCUCUGCCUUGUGUUAACACUGUGUGCUGUGUUUUGGUGGGGAAAAAAUGGACUGGCCAUUAUCUUCUGUAUUCUGCAGUUUCUGGCAAUGACAUGGUAUAGCAUCUCCUACAUUCCAUUUGCAAGGGAUGCAGUGAUGAAAUGCUUCACAACCUGUCUGAAUUAGGACUCUGGAGUCCCCAAUUUCAUUCGAAGACUGGUCCAAAUAUGCAAACUGCAAAAAAAAGAAGAACAGUGGCUCUGUAAAUUAUAAAUCAAUGAUGUUUAUACACUAUAGUUCCAAGAUUGUUAUUGUGGCUGUUUCAUGCUGUGAAUUGGUGCCGUCUGGGUCUAUCUGAAGGUUUAGAAUGGUCAUUAGGCUUUUGCUUUUGAUGUGAGACAAAUUAGUGCCUUUAAUGCCUAAUAUAUUUAAACAUAUUCCUAUUUUUUUUUGGAGGAUUUUAUAGCUUUUUUCUUUGCUUCACGCUUACAAGUUAAGUGCCUUUACAUUGUUUAUACACACACACACACUUGAUGACAUUCUGACCAGCUGAACAUAUUUACAUCUGAGUGACAUUCAGUUUUCUUUUGGAUGAUUUUUAGAACACAUUUUACUGUUUUACACACGGACAUUGUUGAAACACAGCGUGUUUCUGUUUUCUCUCCCUGUGCGUUAAGAGGCAGUGAUGUAUAAAGAGGCUCUCUUACGCUGCUUUCGUGUUUGUGAAUGAUCAUUCCCUUUAGGCACUGCUUCACUGGUGAUGCACUGGGAUAUUUGAUAUCCACUGUUCUUUUGAAAUUUUAUAUGAUUAUAAAGAAAAAAGAGGCUCCUACUGUUAGGGUCCACUGAGCAUGUCGAACACUCCUGUCUCACACCCAGCCGCUAAAAUUACUUUACAAUUUUAGAUUCGAUUUCCUGCCAGAUGUUACUAAUGCCCCAGUUAAUUAUGCUUUCCUGAGCAUUGUGGUUUUGAUUUGACCUAAUAACCCAGUAUAGCAUGCAUCGGGUUCCCCAUAUUGCUUCAGCAUCACAGUGUAGCCUUUCAUCAGGAUAUGGUUGUCAUGACAACCUCCAUCCGGAAGAUGUGUAACCUUUGUCUACCCCCCAUCUGUGGUGCAGAUGUUCACAUUAUUCUGUUGAGGUCGUGUCGUUUCCCUUUUGGAGAACACACCGGAGCAGUGCUUGGAUUUUAGUUUACACCGUGUUGUGUGUGUGUGUGGGGUGAUCUACAUUUUACAAAUCAGUCUCUGAGGCUGUGUGAUGCUUCUUCAUUUAUGGUAUGAAUCAGCAGAAGAGUUUGCAGUGAAACAGUUUUGCUCUCCCUCCUACCACAGUGUCUUUGGACACUUUUGUAAUGCGGUGGAUAAAUACAGACUAAAUCUCCUUCUCAGUAUUACUUAUUCAACUAACUUGGCAGAGAUUUGAGGGCUAAAAUAAUUAAUUGAAGGAAGGGUCGGUGUGUGUGUGUGUGUUUUUUUUCCCCCCUCUUGACAGAUUGCAGAGAUCACGGCAAUCUGUUAAGAGUCCCAACUGUUGCCUCUUCAUGACAUACAGUGUAAUCCACUCUUAUGUCAGAGAAGAGCCUAAGCGACCGCCGAAAUCAAACAAAUCUUUGUCCCGCACAACGUCAUGAUUUGUAAUAAAUAACUAGGCGUUGUGUUGUCAUGGAUAAUGCCAUUUAUUAACAACACAGGUUGUAUGAUUGGCUUAAAGUGGAGAGGAGAGCUACACAGCAUCUGGUUAAAUAAUUCUAGUUUAUCAAAUUACAUUAGAAAGUAAUAACAGACACCUUAUGGAACUACACUUAAAUCCCAUGUAUUGAUAUUGUGAUAAGUAAUAAAGUCAGUUGCAUGACUGUUAAAUUGUAAACAUGAGCAUCUCAGGCAAUAUGAAAUAAACUGUAAAACAACAACAACUAUA